AAAAAAGGAAGGCAAAAACAAAAGAACUCGUGAUAGCGAACAGAAUCAAAUGAUGGCCUAUUUCACACCAAGCCUGUGAAAAGAAUCCGGCAGAUUCAUCUAUUCCUCAAGAUUAAUGUUGUCUGCAUUUGUCAAUGCGUGUUUGAUAUCCGAAUCUUCAAUCACUGGCGUUGUAAUCGACAAGAAGCAAGAGCAUAAGCUUGAGUGCCAUAUAAUCAUCAUCAGUACUGAUUUGAUGACUGAUUCGAUAGCCGGUUCUUUCGGGUGAAGAAAGUAACAUGUAAAGUGAGAUAUGGUAUCUACAAGAUUGAGGAAAAUAGUUUCGCCUUGUUGGCCUUUUGCCAAUGGAGAGAGUUCUAAUGAUGGCGGUGAUGGUAAUGGCCGAGUGGACGGGCUCUUGUGGUACAAAGAUAUGGGCCAUCACACUAGCGGAGAAUUCUCGAUGGCUGUGAUCCAAGCCAAUGCUAUUCUUGAGGAUCAUAGCCAACUUGAAUCGGGUCCAAUUAGUUUCCUUGAUUCGGGACCUCAAGCUACGUUUGUCGGAAUAUACGACGGUCAUGGAGGUUCAGAAGCUGCUCGGUUUGUCAAUGAUCGACUCUUUUAUCACAUAAGGAGGUUUACAUCCGAACUUCGAGGGUUGUCUGCUAAUGUAAUCACCGAAGCAUUUUUAGCGACAGAGGGGGAAUUUCUCGGUCUAGUACAAGAGCAGUGGAAGAACAAGCCAAAAAUAGCCUCUGUCGGGGCGUGUUGCUUGGUGGGUAUUGUAUGUAAUGGUGUACUAUAUAUCGCAAAUGCUGGAGAUUCUCGGGUUGUGUUGGGAAGACUCGAGAGGGCAUUUAAAGAGGUGAAAACUGUUAAAGAGGUGAAGGCUGUUCAGCUAUCGACAGAGCACAAUGCAAGCUUUGAAUCUGUGAGAGAGGAGUUACGUCUGUUGCAUCCCGAUGAUCCUCAUAUCGUGGUCUUGAAACACAAAGUUUGGCGCGUGAAAGGCAUUAUACAGGUUUCAAGAUCCAUUGGUGAUGCGUAUUUGAAGAGAUUCGAGUUCAAUGGAGAGCCGUUGUUGCCCAAAUUUAGGGUUCCUGAACCUUUCGAGAAGCCGAUCCUCAGAGCUGAACCAGCAGUAACUACAUGUAAGCUUCACCCGGAAGAUAAAUUUCUCAUAUUUGCGUCGGAUGGUCUAUGGGAGCAUCUGAGCAACCAAGAGGCAGUGGACAUUGUCAACACUUGCCCACGUAACGGUAUUGCUCGGAGACUGGUGAAAGCGGCAUUGAAGGAAGCGGUGAAGAAGAGAGAGAUGAGAUAUGCGGAUUUGGAGAAGAUCGAACGAGGGGUCAGGAGGCAUUUUCACGACGAUAUUACCGUUAUCGUUUUAUUCCUCGAUGCCCUUUUCGGGAAUCAGCCGCCGUCCUGUGACAGAUCUCCUAUCCUCUCUUCCAUCAAAGGUGGCGGCGAACUCUCCGGCAAUGGCUUCUGUUCUUCUUCUUGCUGAUCAUUAAGAACUUUCACUUUCUCACUUGCGUUGGUGUCUUUAGUUCUUUUUUCCCUUUGGUCGGAUCCGAGUUUCCUUGGUAUGUCUGUUUGUUUCGUUGCUUUGGAUUCUUCUUCUGUAUACACUUUCUUCAGGUUCGUUUUAUUCUAAGAUUUGCCUGACUUUUCUUUUUCUUUUUA